ACUAGUCCGCCAUAUUGAACGGAGUGUCUAGUUAUGCAACUUGUGACCCACGACUUAAAGAAUUCUCUGUCGUUUACAUUGUUAAUUGAGAUUUAAACUCUCAUAGAUCAACCAGAAGCCAUCACCAUGGCCAAGCCUUUAACAAGGUUACACACAAAUAGAUUGCAAGGUACGUUUUUAAAACAAGUAAAACUGUUAUUGCGUGUGAAACACAACUGUCGAUAUGAGCUGAAGUGCUCUGAGACUACGACGGGAUACCUUCGGCUUGGUUUAAACUUUGUAUAGCUUUACAUCGUGUAACGGAAGCUUUGGGCUUGUUAUGGAAUGUGAUCUAUACAACAUCAACGAAACUGAUUUUUUUAUAUCUGUUUCUAAAUAUUUAAGGAGGGCAGUUGCACUCGUUAUGUCGAGCUUUGGUUAGCACAAGGUUGUCUUCCACAGCGGCUACUCCAUCACAGGUUUGUUUCUAAGAGUUUUAAAUACAGUUUUUACUUGGUUAAGUGCUAUAGCACCUCUGAAAUUUUGAGGGCCACUCUCGUGUAGCCCUGUGUAGUUUUGGUGAGAUGAUUUAGUUUUCUCUUUGAAAUGGCACGCUCUAUGUUUGCAGAAAAUUUAUGCUACUGCCCCCCUUCAUGAUGCAAGUUCGUAAAUAUAAUAGGGAGAAUGAUGUUAUAAUGGUCUAUAGUUUCUGAGCCCCGUUCAUUGAGUGAUCAUUUUGGAGAUUCUCAUGACCUUCCUGUGCAAUUCAGGGCUGAUGCUAUGAGUAGAAAUUAGGUGCUAGUCGCUCUUAGGGAUCAAAGAAUAAGUGCAAUGGUUAUAUACAGCACUUAUUCAGGGGUGGUGUUUGUUGGUUUUUCUUGUUUUUAGUGGGUUUUGUAAUAAUGGAUGGUGCUUGAUUAACUUUGAUGCAUAAUCAACCUGUCUUUUUUUUUUUUUUUUCUGUGGACUCACUUAAUUUGCUGUUAUUUUUUAUUUUCAGACCAAAACCUCCUUUGGAAACUUAAAGGUUAGUCUUUUCACAUUUUUAAUAUGAUUCAAACCUUUCAGUUUGCAGGAUAUGAUGUAGAAAUGCAAAAUUGUAUCUAGAGCAAAAAGACACUAGUAGUAAUACAAUAUCAGAUACAUGAAGGUAUCUCUUGCUAAUGAAAUGCACAUAUCGAUUUGUUUGUUUGUUGACAGGACGAGGACCGUAUCUUUACAAACUUGUACGGUCGCCAUGAUUGGAAGUUGUCAGGAGCACGUAAAAGGGUAGGUUAUGUCCAUACUCGCGUUAAGGUACUGGAGUUGAUUGAAGUUAUCUCUGUUUCCAUAGAAUGAAGGUGGUAGGAGUUCUGAAAGAGGUAGCCAACAAUUUUUCAUUUAGUUUUGUAGUGUUACAGACAUUUUUAGUUGUUUAUACCUUUUCCUUCUGUUUGGUCAUCUCCUAGGGCAAAACCUUUAAAAUAUAAGCCCUGAAAUAUACCCUAUUUCUAGAGAAAUCAAGAGCAAGUUUAACUCUUAAUCCUAGAUUAGUACUAACCACCUUUCAGACAACCACGCUCAGGUUGAAAAAAAUCUUGUAACAAAACAAAAGUCGAAAUAUUUUCCAUUUUUGUGUGUUUUUGCUCAUCUCAGGGUGACUGGUAUAAGACAAAAGAAAUUAUACUAAAAGGGCAGGACUGGAUCAUCAAAGAAAUCAGCAAAUCUGGAUUACGAGGACGUGGAGGGGCAGGUUGGUUUGUGAUUUUUUUUUUUCUCUGGCAAUGUGGUGACGUCUGUGUAAUGAAGAGGUUGUGUGUUGUUUGGUUUUCCAACAAUUAAAAAAUGAGAUAUGGAAUAUUUCUCCACUCUUUCAGGUUUCCCAACUGGCAUGAAGUGGGGGUUUAUGAACAAACCAGGAGAUGGAAGGUAUAGCAUACAUAUUCAGGGUAUUCAUCCUUCCAAGAUCCAAUAGUCAAUUCUCCCUUCCUGUUACUACUUAUUUCCUUUUAAAUUAGUAACAAGAAUUUGGUGUUAGAUCAAGACAACAACUUAUACUUGAUAUGUUUGAGUAUUCUCAUUACCUGUUUGCUGGAUAAUGUUUGGAUAUUGCAGGGAGAAGUUUGAUGUGAAUCACUUUUGGGAGUUAAAGGGUUAAUUAAUAUAAUAACAGAAAGUAGUCUUACCCUCUCUGAGAAGUACAGUAUUACUUUUUAGUGAGUUCAUUUGGUUGAUAGCACUGAGUUGAUAAUGUAAAUUGGCCACUGUUAAAGGAGUCUCUAAGGCUGACAUUUCAACAUUACCCAACACCUCGUCAGAGAUCAGAGCAAAUGGUGAUUUGCAGGAAAGAUCAGCUUUAGAAACCAAAUUAUCUUGUAAAACAAAUCCCCCCCCCCACUCCCCCCUUUGACACAGCACCACAAUUUUUUUAGAAACUUUCCUCUUUUAUUUUAUAAGUUCUCUGUUGGCCAAUUGGUAAAGUGUUUUUCCUUAUUUACCUUUAAGACCCAAGUACCUUGUUGUAAAUGCUGAUGAGGGAGAACCAGGGACAUGUAAAGACAGAGAGAUAAUGAGGCAUGAUCCACACAAACUUAUUGAAGGUUGUCUGGUGGCUGGUGCAGGCAUGGGUGCUAGAGCUGGUAAGAAAAAUUAGUGGCUUAAAUAUAAAAUUUGCUCACAACUCUGAAUGAAUUGUUACAUUUGACCAUCUGAUUAAACUCAAGGAAAGCAGUGGCCCUCGUAGGUCAGGUACAAUUUAAGGAAUUGUAGAAAAGAUGCCUCAGGCUUGGACAAGAUUGGGAUCAUAUUCCUCAAUUGGACAGGAAGAACCCUCUCAAAUGUACCCCACUCCUGAUGUGCAGCUUUGUAGCUCAGUAGGUAAUAGGGCCCCAACUAUUAUCUGGAAGGUAUGGGUUCAAAUCCUGUUUAAGCCCCAUUUUUUUGCAGGCUUCUUUUUUGCUAUUGCUUGAAUUGCAGCAUGUGAAGAUCAUUGCUUGACUUGGUGAAACUCAUUGGCCAAAAAAAAUUAAUCCUCUUCUUAUACACUCAUGGAAAUGAGAAAGAAUUGUUGUAUUUCCCAAUGUUUAUGGAUCAAAACUUUGUGAUCCUUUCAUAAAGAAAACUUGGAAUAAAACAAGCAAUUUUGUUAUUUUUGAACUUCACAGCUUACAUUUACAUCAGAGGGGAAUUCUACAAUGAAGCAUCCAACAUGCAAUUGGCAAUUAAUGAAGCUUAUAACGAGGGACUGAUUGGAAAAAACGCAUGUGGCAGUGGAUAUGAUUUUGAUGUCUACAUGCACAGAGGAGCAGGGGCAUACAUCUGUGGAGAGGAAACGGUAAUGUUGAUAUACUGCUCUUUUUUUGAGUGUGGAACUUAUGGAUGAGUUACACCCUAACAUCAGUGUGCAAGUUCUCCAAACUAUUCUCUCUAAAUUUCCUGUAGUGCUGAGAAGGAGAAUUCGUCUAGCAAUCAAAACCUUCUUUAGUUUGUGAUUGUUGUGUUUACUUUGUUCUCAUUUCCUUAAUAUUUGUUGUAGGGUUGAUAUUAUUAGGAGAAUUUAGAUUCUUGUCACUCUCGGGGGUUAAAGUAGUAGACACUUAUGCAUAGUGCAAGAUGGUGUGACUGAAUUUCACUGUAAAACUUAUUGUGUUUUGAGCAUAUUCACUGUUCUCCCUUCUUGUUAGCACAACAGGUAAAAUAAGUUUUCAGUGAUAGAUGAGCCCUUUUAUUAGUUUAAUUUUCAAGAAUUCCAAGUGUUUUUAGGCGGUAUGGACCUUGGAACUCUCAGUAGUGAUUAACUUGUAACUUCUCCCUACAGUGUCCAUACAUUACUCAGCAAACAGGUAGUGAGAAUAUUCAAACUGAUCAGUCAUAACAUGAUUAUUGUCUCGAUUGAACACCAAAUUCUUGUAACCAAUUUAUGAAGAAAUGUGUAGCAGCUAGAGGGGAGAAUUAACAAUCAGAUCUUAGGAGUUAAGAGAUAAAGUAGGUUGCAAAUUUUACUGGUCACUUCCUGUAAAGAAAACAGGGCUUGUUGGUUGCAAGAAAAGAAGGUUGAAUUUCAUUUUGUGUGUGUGUGUGUGAAUACUGCACAUGUUGUUGUUGGUCUGAAAUGAUUGUAACAUUUCUGUAAUCAGGCGCUGAUCGAAAGUUUAGAAGGAAAACAAGGCAAACCCCGAUUGAAGCCUCCUUUCCCUGCAGAUGUUGGUAAGUCUUUGUAAACAUCCUAGGUACACUUAUGUUUCAUUUCUACCCAGCACUUACAACAAGGAGGAAAAGAAAGGUUUCUAACUCAGGCCAAGCCACCCACGUAUCUAAGUCUUUCGUGGUAUACAAACUGACUCGAGGUAUUCAACAGGGUUCUCAUGGGUCUUGGAAAGCCUGGAAAACUCUGGCAUUUUAUUUUGAUAUUUUCCAGGACUAGAAAAUCGUGGAAAAAGACUACAGGUCCUUGAAAUUCGUGGAAAUCUACUGAACUCAAGCAAUAAAGUUUUCAGAUUUUACGCUUUAAGACAUAAAUAAAGACCGUAGGGAGAAUUGAAUUUGAAAUCUUGGGAAUGAAAAGGGUUAAGAGGAAAUUGGGAGUCGUGGAAAAAUCAAUUUGAGUCCUAGAAAAAUCCUCGAAAUGUUUUUCUGAAAAAGGGUACGAACCCUGGAUUAAAGGUUUCAGUAACGUUUCCCAUAAGCGUCUGUGGUGGGUGUUUUAGGCAGCUGUUCCCUGAAAAGGAGUAGGAAGGUAAAACUUAAUCACGAGAGUCCACUUGUCGGCUGAACAGAGGGUGGUAAGAGGUCCCAUAGGCGGGGAAGGACCAUCGGUAACAGGUGUUUUUUGAAACUUCUGGAUAUUACCACUCUCGCUGGAUUGGAUGCGUAUAUGAAGUAGAUUACGAGAAGUCCUUCUUUCCAGCGAAGUCCGUCGCACGAGUCCCAAAAAAAAAAAUUGACGUCGAUGCAAUUCAUUCCUAGAGCACCCGCAGCGCAUCGACAUCAAUUUUUUUCGGAAAAUUUUUUUGGACUUGUGCGAUGGACUUCGUCACAUUGAAGGAAAUGCUCUUAGUCUACACGAGGAGGGCCAAGAGACGCUAACUGGUUCAUCUGUACUGAUUUUAUAUUCUGAUCAUUGAGGUGAAUAUUUGCCAAUUGAGACUGAGUUUGUUCCUAUAAAUGUUGUUUUCCCUCACCGUUGCUGAUUAGAUGUGCCUUUUUUUUCCGUUUUAAGGAGUAUUUGGCUGCCCAACGACAGUGGCGAAUGUGGAAACUGUUGCUGUGGCACCGGUUGGUAUUUGACAUUUUAUUCUUGGUGUACUCUUCCACUGCGGUAGCCGGUCGUUUUGCCGACGUCUCAGGUCGUACCCCUAACGUCUUAUAAAGAGCUGGUAGUUUCGCCAACGUAUUACAAAACGUGUAGAGAUCCCAUCUACAGAACUUGAUCGACCAAAAAGUCGUAAGGGCGGUAAAUCAUUUCAAUACAAAGUGAAAGUCGGUUCGACACACGAAAGAGUCGAUUUGAUACAAAUGAAGUCAUUUCGAUCUCAGCAAGACCAUUUUCAGACGACCCUAUAGGUAUGUUCACAUUACAACAUUUCAUGUGUCGUUUUUUUUUAGAUGCAAAACAAAAAAGAGACGUCAGUGAAAUAAGUUAAAACGUUAGCGAAACGACCUAUAAGACUUUAGCGAACUGACCUUACACGUUGGCGAAACAACUAAGGACGUUGGCGAACUUGUCGUCGGUGAAACGAACGCAAUUCUUCAUAGCUGUGGCUGCUUUAGCCGUUCAGGUUCUAAGCCGCGGCUCCUCUAACUCUCUUACGACUGUCCUUUGCCGUGUCUUGAAUGGCCAUCUUGUUGCAAAGACAAACCAUUAUCAUUUAUUUGAAUUUUUUUAGGCCAUUUGCAGGAGAGGAGGUGACUGGUUUUCUUCAUUUGGUCGACCAAGAAACACUGGAACCAAGGCAAGUAUCACAAAGAUUUACAUGUACAUUACUGCUAACGUGUAUUGCAGUAUUACACGCACUUGAAGCUCGUGCAAUUCCCGCGCGUUACACGCGAAAAACACACAUACGGAGCGUCACUGCACGCGAAUGCAAUAAAAAAUGCACCCGAGUGAGGGACACUUAGUGCAAUUUUUGCUCAGCGUGCUCGAUCGGUGACCACAGUGCUUCUUCUUGAUAUGAGCGAUAUGACUUGCCGUCAAAAGUAGAGCAUGCCCAAAGGGAUCGAUUUGGCCGGGCGCGAGCCCAGAAAAAUUUUAAAAGAAAAUAGACAGAGAGUGACGAAACACUUCAUUAUCAAUGUAAUUUUGGUUUAAAACGUGACAUUCUUUGCUGCACGUAUCGCUAAGAGUUACUUAGCUAGAAUUAGUUAAAGUAUCUUUUUGAUAUAUUUAUAACUGUUCUUUCUUUCCAGUUAUUCAACAUAUCUGGCCAGGUAAAUAAUCCAUGUACUGUUGAAGAGGAGAUGUCUGUUCCCUUAAAGCUGCUCAUUGAAAAGCACGCCGGAGGAGUACUUGGUAUGUUGUUUGAGAAAAAAAAUUCUUAUUUAACGGCGUGUCAUAGAGCUUCAAGCUCAAUCUUUUCAACUUCAUCAAUUCGCGACAUGCAACCUCCACUCAACAUAAUAGAAAGAAAUCUUUUAAUUUACCUCUGAUAAGUUGAGUACACUAGGUAAUAGGUCUUUUUUUACGGCUGCUCUCAUAUGAUGGAUCAAUCCUUUUCGUUUCUAUGAGAAACUUGAAAUAGGUUUGCCCCUUCACAACGGUUGCAGCUAAGAGCACUGAAUCAACUCUCUUGUUUAAAAACAAAAUACUUGAUAUUUUUUUGUUUCUAUUUAUUUCAAUUGUGCUAUUAAAUAACAAUCCUGCCUUGUCCUUGUUUAGGUGGUUGGGACAACUUAUUAGCUGUUAUACCCGGCGGCUCAUCAACUCCGCUUAUUCCAAAAAGGUGAGCUGUUGAAAUUUUUUAAGAGCAAUUUAUAACCGAGUGUCGAAAGUACUGCUUAACGGGCCAUUUUCGAUAUAUUAAAAUUCUAACAUGGCUCAGAGGCUAUGGGGAAUUAAAGAAAAGAAGAAAAUUACUCAUCCCUCAACCUCGAUGUGAUUUCCUUUGGUUUGUUCCCCCAAGUUUGAUUUUUAUUGUAUCGAAAAGGGCCUAUUGGCGUUGGUGUUGCGUAAAUUCACCUCGUGAUUGGUCAGAAAAUCACGCCACUUUCCCAACCAAUCAGAUUCAAAACUGAAGCCAAUCGUGAUUUGGCCACUCGCGUUUUCCCGCGUUUCAUUUAGGUUGCUUCUUUUUACCUUGAGUUCUCAUUGGCUAAUGAAAACGUCGACCUUCUCUCCGAUUGGCUGUUGUGAUUCCUUUGGUAUGAGGUUUUCGAAACUCGACCAGCGACGCUCGAUACUGAUUACAAUUUCAAUCCAGGCAUACCUGUACUAGUUAAAUUUUACUGAUGGUAGCUGGCUUAGCAGGGACUAGAAAAUUUCUUCUCUUGUUUCUUGUAGUGUGUGUGAAGAUGUGCUGAUGGACUUUGAUGCCUUAGUUGAGGCACAGACUGGUUUGGGAACGGCUGCCAUUAUCGUGAUGAACAAGCAGGUAAGUGAAAUUGAUAGAACUGAAGACUUUAUUUCCUAAAGCCUGGUUUUCAUGUGUCAGGAAAACACUAGACCAUCGGCGAUUUCCCCAUUUCCGACCGUCCCUUAGUUUUCCGAUGUAUCGGGAGGUCGACAGGCGUCUGUCUCGCUAGCUUAAAAACGGCUUUUUAUUCGUAACUCGGGGGUUACCGGAGCCAAGCUAUUAAGGGAUUGGUGGCCAGAAAAAUUAUAGCUGACUUCCCUAUGGCUUGAUAUGCAAAGUAAUUGGUCUUAAAUCGAAAGAAACGUUUGAUAAACGUCAUUUGCAAAACUCUUAUAGUUGAGGUUAAAAUUUCCAAAGAGAAGUAUUUUUUGAAAAAAAAGGUUUAACUUUUACUUACAUAUAAAUUGCGAGGGGAAUUCACAGAGGGAUUUAAAGAGGUAUUCACGGUCAGCGCGAAUGCACCAUUCUCGGAACCGUAUAAAAUUCUUUUUUUUUUUUUCGUUAACGUUCAUUUGUUGUCAUGCUAAAAAAAUUCAUGUACAGUAAUAUUCCUCCUUUUUGUCUUUUUUUUUCUUUCAGUGUGAUCUCAUCCUUGCCAUUGCUCGACUGAUUGAGUUUUACAAGCACGAGAGCUGUGGCCAGGUAAGUCUGUUAUGUGUGUUCCGUUAACUACUAACGUCCUAAAAAGAAUUACAGGCACUUUGAUUUUUGUGUACAGUGACCUCCUUGCAACACUUCAAGUUGGAAACGUUUAUGAAUAUGCUCGCUUGAAUUAAUUAUUUCGUCCGGUUUCAAACUUAAUCCUUCAAUCCUAAAAGUGUUUUGCAUCUAAAUUCUCCUUACAAUCAAACCCCUAAAUCACACACUAAGGUCAGGACAAUAAAGGAAAUGAUCACCAACUGAAGAACCUCUUGAUUGUUAAACAAAUUCUCCUUGUCAGCACCUAAGGAAAUGUAUAGAGAACAGUAUGGAGAAUAUGCAUACUGAUGUUAGGGUGUAAAGGGUUAAGAUCAGUGAUUGUGCCAUUUUUAUUUCCUGUUCCUCAGUGCACACCCUGCAGGGAAGGCUGUAGUUGGAUGACUACCAUCAUGUACAGAUUUGGUAAAUUGUCAUUUCAUUGCCAGAUCUUUUUUCAGCUAGAAUAAUCCAUCAUCUUCCCCCGUUUGGUCUUUAGGUUCGAAUUACCCCGCACUCUCGGUCGAGCUUGGUCUGCGUUCGAGAAGCGUGAGCUCAUUCCCAAAAAGGGGCUCAUUAACCAUCUUAUGUUGCUCCUUAAACGAUUACUUGUUGAUUUUGUAAACCUCGUGUUGUAAAAAUCUCUUUCUUUCUUCACUUUGUUUAAUUCUCGUUAUGUUUCUUUUUAACUAGAGUGCAAUUUUGACACCGCAAUUCCUGAUCGUCUUAUCUCGCUUUGAAAGAAUACACGUUGUUCAGUUUCAACAACGAAUUAAGUUGAAUAUCAAUACAUUACUUUGAGUUCCUCGAGUGUAGUUAUGUUUCUUUAGUGGCGGAACAUCUCUAGUUAUUAUUUCCUUUCUGUUUUUUUUCCUGGUAGAAAUAUUUUUUACGUUCGUUCUUAAUUUUUCUUUUCGUUUUUUCUUUUUUUUUUUUUUAAGUUGAGGGGAAAGCAACACCAGAUGAGAUUGAUAUGUUGUGGGUAAGAGAUUUAUUAAGUAAAGAGGAAUUGUUUUUAAUCGGUCAGUUGCUUCGUUUAUUAGUGCAACGAACUUUCUUAAAUUUGAAAUCUCGACGGAUCGAUGGCCUCAAAUGUUCUCAGAUUUACCUUUAAAUUAAUUUUCGUGCAGCCUUAAAUUAUUACGCAUCGCACCGAUCCCCGUUUUCUUGUCGUGAAUAAAUCCCAUUUCCUUGCUUCUCAAAAAUCUUGCACCUCCCACUGAGUGUAGUAAUUCACCCACAAGUGCCGGAUCAACAUGUAAGUUCUCCCUAUAAUAUCCAUAUACACUAUACAGCAAACAGGGUUUGAGAACACUCAAACCUAUCUGGUAGAAUUUGUUAUCGUGAUCAAACGCCAAAUUGUCAUAACUAGCUUAGAUGGAAAUCUGAAGUUGCUAGAGGGGAGGAUUAACAAUCAGAUCUGGGGAGUCAAAGGUUAAAGAUGUUACCAUUCUCUUUCUCAUUUCGUCUCUUCUGUUACCUCACCACUAUCAUAAUGUGUUACCCUUAAUAGGAGCUGAGUAAACAGAUUGAAGGACACACAAUCUGUGCAUUGGGUGACGGUGCUGCCUGGCCAGUGCAGGUAAAGAGGUUUUGAUAGGAAAGUCUCCUCCUCAAGCCUUUAAUUUCUCGCGCUUUCAGUAUCAAAUCGACCGCGCGGGAAAACCUGCGAUGCAUGCGUCAUUUAGACAGAGGCAUCAUAUUUGUGAAAGGUGCUCGCUCGUGCAGAUAUUUGGCUAGUGGUUUAUUGGACUCUUGAAUGAAGCUGUGAACUGUGAAAGCAUUACUUCAGAUUUUUAGAAUCCUCUUUAGUUCUUAACUUUCCUUUAGCCGCGCAAAAUGUUGCACAGUCAGAGAACGGGAAACCUAACAGCAAAUCAUUUACAUCGAGCGCUUUACCACGUUUUUGUAUUAUGCCUAAAGGGAGAACUGUAUAAUUUUAUAAUUAUAUAGAAAAUUGCGGAAUAAUUAGGAGAAACAAAGUUUAUAUUUCAAAGGAUUUUUUUCCCAGGCAUGGCUGUCUUGAUAUCCUAAACUCCCUUUUGUCUUAAAAUACGAAGAAUGGAAGCAAUGUUGGCCGGUUAUUUAAACAAAGUUUAGCGUAUGUUUGACAUAAUCGUGGUCUAAGUCAUGUACAAUUUAGUCGAACCUUUUAUCUGAACAAUUGCUUCAUUAAGAGGGCCGAACUGAAAGCCAAUAGUGAAGGGACAUUAUUUCAAUUAAAUUUAACAUUCCUAUAGAAAAUACCCAGGGCCCACUGCCGUAGACUUCUUGUAAAUAACCGGCCCUAGAGAAGGCUUACCUGUUAAGAUUGUGCGUGACUGUAGCAACAGGCGCACACCUUCAUGACACAACAACAGAUAGCUGCCCAGAUUCUCAACAGAAACUCUAAAAUCCCAAUGAACAGAAUGAUGCCAGUGAUUGACAAUUCGGCUUCAUUGACCGAAUAGUAGGAGUCGUAAUAACCGUUGUAAGAAUUUGAGUCAAUUGCAAUGCUGUAGAAAGUAAUGAUCAGUCCACCAAACACAGCUGAGGUAAUGGAGAAGCCCAUGAAUACACUGGCCUAUAAUUUAAUGAGAGAUGUUACUGUUACCGAAAAACGAUCUCGUCUCGUGAUUUAAGAUUUAACAGAACGCGGUUGUGAUUGGGAAGUUGUUAGACGUCAUUGAUGUCAAUCCUGGACUCGCAUAGAAGAUUGCGCUCAGGGGACACUCAGUAGAUAUACGUUGCGGGACGAACGAGACAGGUGGAGCUCAAUUUGUGUGAAAUAGCCGAAGAAACUGCUCUUGUUUUUUUAUCUUUUUAGGGAUUGAUUCGUCACUUUAGGCCGAUGCUGGAAGAGAGGAUGGCAGAAUACGCCGCCAAACAAGAGAAAGGCUCUACAGCAGCUUGAAAAUACAGACUAAAGACUUGUGUACAGAUUAUCAAAUCGGCGAGUUUCGUAGACUCUUUAACUGACCUUGAGAAAAACCCAACAAUUUGACUGCUUUUUUUUACUUUUUGAAUACUUGUUCAUUAAAAGUGUGAGAUAGUACAUGAAAACUGUAAAUGUUUAUUGGGUCAUAAGGGCCAUCCUU